AAAUACAAAAAUUUUAUAAAAGUAAAAAAAAAUACAUACAAAUUUGAUGAAAAAUUGAAAAAGUGUUAAAUGACAAUGACAAGUUUUGGCAAAGGAAUAAAAACUUAAAGUUUUGAUAACAAAAAUUUUUGAAAUCAACAAAAAAUAAAUAACUUUUUACAUAGCACAUUUGGCUAAGCAAGUGCUUCGAUAUAAAAACAACGGAUUUUGGACAUUACAAUUUUCGGCAAAGAAAAUAAUCUCAUUCGAAAAUCGACUACCGAACAGCAAGGCAUUUGAGUUCAAUUGAAAAAGCUUUUCACCUCAGCGUGCGCAUUUAAAUAAAAUUAACGACGACACAAUUCAUUGUGUAAGCGAGCAGCAGCAACUGCUACAGCAACAAGGGAGAAUCCAAAGAUAAAGAAAUAAUCUAAAGGUAUAAGCUAUUGCGCAGGCGCAACACACGUGUCGUCGUCGUCUUCACAUACAUACAUACAUAAGCUAAUUGCGUAGUACCUUUGCGUUAACAGUGAAAUCCAACAGCAGAAGAGCCACAUAAAUAACAGUGACGUCGGAGCGCAUUUUGGUGUAGCGCACUCCACUAGCUAGCUCUAGGAGAACACAAAAGCAAACAAAACAAAAAAAGCCAGUUAAAUGCGAAGAACGCCCGAAAGCAGAAAAUCAACAAAAUUGGAAAAUUCCCUUUGGCAUUAUCAGAAAUUCUUCAGAGAACUUAAACAACGACGCAUAGACUUUAUGCAGCUAAAAAAUUUACGAAAAUUUCGUUUUGGCAUAAUUUAUUCGGAUUGCUUGGUGGCAGAAAAUUUACUUACAAAAACAAAAACAACUAUUCAAAUAAUAAACGCAAACGCAGCAACAACAACAGGCAGGCAAAGGCAAAAGCAAACGCAAGCGCAAACGCAAACGCAAACGCAAAAGCUAAGAGAAAACUUGAAGCAAAAUCAAGGGCAAGUGCAAGUGACAGUAGCAGUUGAAGGAGAUAACUCCUCACAUAAGCAACACGCGAGUGAAGGACGCAAGCGCACAACAGUUAGAACGACAGCAAGCAGAGCAACAACGAGCUUAGGCGAAAACGCUACAAACGCAUCUACGAAGUGCGUCGACAGCAGCAACAGUGAAUCAACGAGAUUGUGCGAAUCAGUGACGAGAAGUUCUGCGACGCGUGACUGUACGACAGCUUUAGAGGAUACGGAAACGGUGAUCAUAAAGAGUUGGCUCGGAAAUAGGUCUACAAUUGAACCUAUGCCGAGAUUGACGCGAAUGCCAUUGAUUGAAUUAGCGAACGCAACAACGCAACCGUUAGUGCUGGUUUGAGAGUGGCAGCGGUAGAAAAUUGAUGAAAAUAAAAAGGGAAAGAAAAUUUUUGGCAAAAACAAAAGCGCAUUGCGACGUAAAAUAUCGAAAAUUAAAAUAUUUUGGCUAAUAAAAAAAAAAAAAAUCAUAGAAAAAAGCAACGCUCGACGUGAAUGGCUUAGCUCGUAAAAGCUAUACACCUAAAAAUUUUGGAAAUAGUGUCGAAAUUCGUUUGGCAGUCUCACACGGAACAAAGCUUAAGCUUAAAGCUGCCAAUUUUCUAGCUAAAAGCUCUAUUACAAUUUUGUGGGCUUUACAAAUAAUUGGCUGUUUUUAUAUAAAUAUAUAUUUAUAUAUACAUACAUAUAUAUAUAUAUAAUAGUUAUAUCUACGUUUUACAACAACCAUCUUUAAGAACUUAGUUUAAUUGUUUUGCUUCGGUUACGAAAACAACAAUCACAACAAGUGCAACUGCAUCAACAACAACAUACGUCGUUUGAAUUCUUCGCUACUAUAACGGUGUUAAUGCUAUAAAAAGAAAAAAAUCAGCAAAAUAAGCAUUUAAUUUUUAAUUAAUCAUAAUUACUUUAAUUAAUAUACAAACAAACAAAAUAAUAAAUAUAUAAUACAAAAUGGAUCCACAGCAACAGUUUUGUUUAAAAUGGAACAGUUACUCGUCCAAUUUGGCAAUAACAUUCUCCAAUCUAUUCAAAUCGGACGUUUUGGCGGAUGUGACGCUAUCGUGUGAUGGCACAGUAUUCAAAGCACACAAACUCAUAUUGGCCGCAUGCUCGAAAAAAUUCGCUGAACUGUUCGAGAGCACACCAACAAAUGGACAAUGCGUUGUCAUAUUGGAGGCAACAUCCUCCGAUAAUAUGGCUGCACUGCUCGAAUUUAUGUACAAAGGUGAGGUGCAUGUGUCACAAGAGGCUCUAAACAGUUUCCUUAAAUCAGCGGAAAAUCUGCAGGUUAAAGGACUCUCCACAGAAACCGGUCGCUUGGCCGCACAACAAGCUCAACAACACAUCGAUACAUCGCCACUCGAAUCGCCCAACGGUCGACGCAGUAUGCGAAACAGCCUCAGCGGUGGUGGUCAAGGCAUCGGCAGUGCAAUGGGCGGCAAUCCGCUUAGCAGUAUAGGUGCCAGCGGUGUUGGUGGUGGUAGCGGUGUUGGUGUUGGCAUACCCAGUGGUGCUAUUAUCGGUGGCAAUAUGGCUGCUGUAAUGGCUGAGAAUGCGGAACGCAUGCGGAAUAGCGGUGGUAACGGUAGUGGUGGAGUUGGUAGUAGUGGCUGUAUGGGUGGCAACAUUAUCAGCGGACCCGGUAAUGCAGCUCAUUGUAAUGCCGCAGCAGCAAUAAGUGCGGCUGCAGCAAGUGCCGCUGCUGCAGGUGGCAGUGGUGGCGGUGGUGGUGGUGGUAGUGGUAGUGGCGGUAGUUCAGUUGGUUUGGGUAGCGGCGCUGGCGUUGCACAUAAUCUGAGCAGUUCGAGUAGUAAUUUGAAACAGGAAUGCGAUUCACUAAUGCAAAGUAGUGCCGCAGCAGCGCUGGCCGCCGGCAUACCACCCUAUGUGCCGCCACCAAUUUAUCGUCACAUGUCCUUGGAACCGCCGAUACGUAAACGCGCGCUACGCAGUCCCUAUGGCGAGCAAGAAGUGCGCGGUAGCGUACUACGUGAUGGUUCGAAAAAUUCUUCGUCUGAAUGUGCGAGCCCUAUCAGCAAACUGCCCUACCAUCGGCCUUCGUCGAGUGCAUCGUCGAAUGCACCCACCGAGGCGGACACAAUGCAAUCGGAGCGAACAUCACCGAGUCGUUAUGAAAAUCACAGUCCUUGUGCCACAGCAGGCAAUGGCAAUGCGCCGAGCAAUAUGUCUGGCAAUCUGGAUCGAACGGUGAAAACGGAACGAAACAAUGGAAGCACACACGAGGCUAAUGAUGAUGACCAAAGCGAGCACGACGAAUCGAUUGAUAACGGAGCCGAGGAUCUGCGCGUGAAACUGGAGAAUUCCAAUUAUUCGCCCGCACCGCAGCACCCGCCCACCUCGAACGCAUCUUCUACAACACCAUCAGCGCUACUAGAGAAUCUUAAAAACGUCGAAGCUGGCCUACCAAGCAAUUUGGCUAACUCCAUAGCGCCGGAGGACAUGUUGAAUGUAUGGAAUGCGACGAAAUUGAAUAAUAAAAACAGUGGCAUGGUCAAUACAGCGGACGGUAAGAAGCUGAAGUGCCUGUAUUGUGAUCGCCUGUACGGCUAUGAAACAAAUCUGCGCGCCCACAUCCGCCAACGUCAUCAAGGCAUCCGCGUACAUUGUCCAUUCUGUUCGCGCACCUUCACCCGCAACAACACCGUACGUCGACACAUCGCACGCGAACACAAACAGGAGAUUGGCUUAAAUGUCGCCGCCACCGGCAUUGCGCCCGCCUCCAUUGUCGCUGCGGCUGCGGCGGCGACCGCGAAUCAUUCACAAUAGGAUGCGGCCGCAACAGCGGCGGCAGCAGUAGUCAUGAGUGCGCAAAAAGCAGCAGCAAAACAACGUAAACGAAAAUCAUUGAAAAUGGCAUUGGAGAAGUGUAUGCAACGACGCGACGCAGCAGCUGGUAGUGGUGGCAGUGCUAGUGCAUGCAGCGGCGGCGUCGUUGUUGGUAGCAGUGGCAGUGGCAGUGGCAACGUUGGCGAUACAGCAAGUAGCAGCAGCAGUAAUGUGAUCGCCAGCGCCGCUGCCGUGGGCGUUAUAGCGAGCACGUCAACGCGUGCCGCUGAGGAGCGGAGACAGCAGCAGCAACAACAACUCGUACAGCAGCAAAUCGAGUUGGAGCAGCGUAAACAUCAGCAACAACAACAACGUAAAGAGCGUCAGCAACGUCGACGCAAUAGUACGGCUGUCGGACGCAGUGUUAGUGAGAGUAGUGCUGUGUUGACAACGGCUACAGCGACGAGGCCGAAGGAGGAGGAUGAGCCGGAGGCAAAGCGUGAAAAGCAAGAGUUAUCUACCACAGUGGAGAGUACAACCGAGGGUGAUACCUCGCUAAUGGACACCACCGGUAGCAGUUGCGCUACAACCUCCGUUACCGACACCUCCACUACGAGUACGACCGCCAACGAACGACUCAAUAACUCCACCAUCAGCACCAUCGAUUCAUCGUGCGGUGAACUGGCGGACACAACUGUGGAACGUUUGAAUACAUCCAGCGGCAUGGAAUCCGAUGUGGAUGAGUUGCCAACGACCACGGCCGUACAAGCGACAGAUUUGUCUACGUCGAGCAGAAUUAGAGCGACGCAGGAGGAAAAGCCAGUUCAUGGUGACGUUGAGUCGUUAAAAGAAAACGCUGCUGAUACAACUCAAACCACAAUAGCAACACCAACAACAGAUGCAGUCUCUAAUGAGGCGGCACAAAACCCACCGGUACAAAUGGAAGCCGACGUAAACAUCAAGUCCGAAGCUGCUGCGGACGCUGGUGCAAAUGAAACGCAGGUGACCACAACACGAAAGGAAACUGAAGCUGAAACAAAUGCUGCGAAUGCCAAUGCUAAACCAACAUCAACAACUACAACAAAUGCUGCUGAAUAAACGUUGUAGUUGUCGAAACGUUCAAAAAAAAAAUUGUAGAAAUGUAGAGGAGAAAAGGGAAAGAAGAUGAUGAUGAAGUUCGAUUUUCGUUUACGCGCACUCAAAGAAAAACUGAGGGCAAAGCUUUUGCGCCAAGCUUUCGCUGCUCAGAUAUAAGGAAGAUGAAGAAGAAGCUGAAAAACAGAGACUACUGUUGCAACCGCUGUUGCGCUCGGAUGGAGUAAAUUAGUUACAAAACAAAAAAUAUGCUAAAACAAAAAGUAAAUAUGUAAAACAAAAAACAAUAAUUAUAAAUAAUUAAUUAUUUUAUGGAAAAUUAAUUAUGAUGAAGUUGUAAGUUUGUGUGUUGUGCAUACACAGGGCACAACAACAACAAACUGCUGUGAGUUAAUAUAAAUUUACAUUUUAAAGAGAAGAGAAAAAGAAAAAUGGGAUGCUAAUACAAAAACACAACAAUAGAUAUCAAGCAAAGCAAGUGGAUGUUCAAAAUUAAAGCAAGCAAAAUAGCGUUGAAUCAGCCUGAAAAUAUGCUUCAUAUUACAUAAAGAACCAGUAAUUUUUUUUUUUUUUUUUUUUAAACAAAUGCAAGCACAUUGAAGAAAACGAAAAGCAAGAUUUUUAAAUUUCUUUUUAAUUUUUUUUUGUUGUUUUAACCAUGUAAAAUUUUUUAACUGCAAUAUUUAUAGAUUUCUUUCACAAUAAAUUUUUUUUUUUAGAAUUGUGCUGUUAAUUGCAUUACGAAUUAUAAAUAAUGCUUGUUGUUGUAAGCCACUUUAACUGCAAAUAAAAAGAAGAAAUAUAAAGAUUUA